AUGGCGAGAGCCCAAGAAACGGCUUUGGCCCGAUUCCAUGGUCUUCCAAAGGUGCACAAGGAGGGCGCUCCUCUCUGGCUGUUUCGGCGCCUCAUAUUUCUGACCGCUGAUUCGGACACCACGGUCUGUUCGUCAACGCAAUUCCUGGAGAAGCUUAAAGGAGUAAGUCUCUUGCCCAAUGAGGUCAUGGUAUCUUUUGAUGUCACGUCCCUCUUUACUUCUAUCCCUAAGGAUCUGGCAAUCGAGACCAUCCAGCUACUCCUACGAAACAAAUACGAUGAAACGGAGAAUCGUCUCGGACAUGGCCAAGUCCUUCAGCUCCUAAAGUUCUGUCUCAGGACGUACUUCACGUUUGACGGAACAAUCUACGAGCAAGUGAAGGGAACACCAAUGGGCUCGCCGAUUUCGGGAUUCAUCGCCGAGGCGGUGCUACAGCGGUUGGAGUCGCUGGUCUUCCAACACCACAGACCGAAAUUCUGGGCUCGGUAUGUGGACGAUACCUUCGUCGUCAUCGAACGGGAUCAGGUGCUAAUGUUCAAAGAACGUCUCAACAGCGUCUUCCCGGACAUACAAUUCACGAUGGAGGAGGAAGAGAAUAACCAGCUGGCAUUCCUUGAUGUCCUCGUCUGUCGCAAAGAUUGUGGUGGCCUAAAGACCAAAGUGUUCAGGAAAGCGACGAACACGACGCAAAUACUGAACUUCAACAGUAACCACCCAAACGCAGUUGCGUAA